AUGUCUACCGAGUAUCAGCUCCGUGUACACUUCUUCGCGAUUUUCUUCAUAGUUGCCCUCAUUUACCAAGAAAUUGAAGGUAUGAACGAUACCGAAAUUGAUGUUUUUAUGUUAUAGAAGAACUGUUCCAUACAAACAUACUGUGCUCGUAAAAUUUUGAUUUAGUGAUGAAGAACUGUAAGUUACAAGAAGGCUUUAAUUUCACGAAGGAAGAAGCAUUGUUCUCAAGUAGUUACUUUUAAAUUAUCACAGUAUCUUUAUGGGUAAAAAAUGUCGAAUAGUCGCACAGUGGCAGUUAAUAGUUUGUUCUUGUUUGUACCACAGGACUCAGCUUCAAAGCAGGAAGAUUCAAUGUGACCACAACUAUGAGUCUGUUUGCCUGUAAGAAUGUUUCUUUUGAAGAGCCUUUUACUGUUGGACAAGAAAUUAGAGUUUUCACUUCUAUAAGCCAUGCAACGGAAGGUUCUACUCGAGCUCGUGGAAAUGGUGCAGCAACUUGGGUGGAAUCUGUGAAUAACAAGGCAUUUACUGUCUGUGUUUUGGAGUACGGAGAUGGCUCAAGUGGCGCUUCGCAAGUGAACUGGAUGGCGUUGCAAUCUGUACCUGCUGGCGUGCAACUAGGCACAGCCUCGUUAAAUACCUGGACUACUGGAACAAAGUGUAAACAAAUCGAUUUUGAAAAGGUUUGAUUAGCUCAGCUUUUCAUCCUUUGUUAUUUCAUUUCGUUUGUUUCCGCUCCACAAAACCCUUCAGCCUUUCGCUUUACAAUCGUAGUCUAUUUAUAAGUGCUAGAGUCAUACCCGAGUUUCAGUUGUUAGAUGCUAUUGUAGAAAGCGUGACAUGUUUAAUUUCUUGUUUUAUGUCAUCUUAAAUUUUUUUCUGUGUUUAUCAUAUUUUUAAAGACAUGAAACCUUUGACUGAGAGAAUGGGAUAAGCUCAGCAAAAUAAUAUUAAUAUUAUGGGGUAUGGCACCACUGGGAAUCCGUGAAGUCAUUAAUGUGGCGACCAUAAUGCGUGUCAUCUUGAAUUUCAUUUAGAAUCGCAUAAUUGAGUAAAAUCUCGCAUUCUGAUUGGUUAACGAAGCGAGGUAUUUAGUGUGGAAUUGCGAGUUGAAAACGAGGCUAAGCGAUAUUGUUUCGCAUCUACGCAACAACUAUCGUCAAAUUCUAACACAACAACUGCAAAAAAGGUUUUCUAUAAUGUCAUUUUAAAAUGUUUUCAAAACCAUUGUCACCUUUUGAAGAGUUAAAAACAAACAAAAGCGUUUUUUUAGUGAGCCGAAGGUUCUUCCAUGUUUUGAACUGAACUACAAAUUCUCGAAGAGGAACAAAAACGUCUUUCGCUCGCGACAACGGGAAAACAAGAAAAUCUUGUGAACACGGCCCAGAAAAUGGCAAGCCAAAGUUCAACCAAACAAACCGGAGAAGCGACAACGGAGGAAGAAAUAAAUACCUUGAAAGACGACAUGGCCCCUGAAAACACGAAAAAGAGUACGCCGCUUGCAAUCGUCCUGAAUCAUGAUACUUAGAAAAGUACAAAACAGAGCUGAACUUGAACAGAAUUUCUAAAACAUUUCAAGGUACUUACCAUAUAUCAAUCGCGACGUUAAACUUUCAGUGCUUUCGCUUGGACACUUCAUUUCUUUCAGUUUUGCCGCCGAAGAGGUAAAAGGUGUAAAUUAUUUUCCUUCUCGAGCAAAUUACCAAUUUGAAAAAAGAUGUUAUAGAUAACGGAUUGUAAAUUCAGUGAAAUACCUCUAUUUAUCCUUACGAUUAGUGUGAAGCUUGUUUACGUGUAAAAAAAGUUUGAAAACAAAUGUAAAAACAAGCACAAGGUACAAAAAAAGUUGUGGAGGGUUCAAACGUGUACGACUGACCUUGCCUCCUAUUUGCUAACGCAAUGACAGUUCUGAUAGGUGACUUUGAAAUGGCUUUCUGGAGCGCGCGCUCAGGAUAAAAACAAACAAUAUUAUUGCCGUUUUCUUUUUUUUUUUUCUGAUUUUUAUUCAGUUAUGCGAUUCAAGGAAAAUCCAUUACCUGACUCGUGAAUUCCACGUUAAAUUGCACUUGAAAACCGAUAUCGCACUCAUCGCUUCGCGAUUCGUGCGAUAUCGGUUUUCGCGUGCAAUUUAACGUGGAAUUCCCUCGUCAGGUAAUGAAUUUUCCUAUAAAAGUCGUUUUUGCUAAAUUUGUCUUAUUGGCACAAAAAUUGAGCAUUAAGUUUGAACAUAGUUAUUAGAGGAGACUGGUUAUGAAAAGCGGCAAACAUCAAUGAUAAGAACAACAGUGCUGCAGUUUAUGUUGGAAGUACCGUGAAAGUGCACAAUCCUUUGUUUUCUGUUGGCAAAUUGUUACGGAAUAAAUUAAUGCAACGUUUUUAUUGGUCAAUACAAUCAAAAUGAUAGGAAUUCUUUUGAACGUUGUGCACUUUCAGGUCCACAAAAACAUAUAACAAAGGAGUCUGACGGGUUUCAUAACCAUUCCACUCAAUUAACUAUGGUUUGAAGCAUGCUAUAAUUAAGUAUCUUUCUUUUUUGUAACGAUGGUAGAUGGAUUUAUUUUACAAAGAAAGUAUGGCGCAUUUUUCUUAGAAGUCGCUUAGCCUUAUGCUAUUUAUGACGUCUUAUUUUGCUACCAUAGCAAACUUCAAUCACCAAAUUUUAGCGGAAUGUGGCUAAGGAAUAAAAUGAGCAGUUUACUGGUAAGGAAAGGUUUAUGCUCAGAAUCCGCUUUUGAAAAUAUAAUGGCCAAAACCAGUGCGCCUCAACCACUUCAAUAGUUAAAUUUUAGCGGGGCCCCAUAGCUAAGGAAAUGUGGCAAUCUACCCAUCCGAGAAAAUUUGGUACUCACGUGACCGUACACCGCCGAGCGAGCGAGCGACCGUCAGUCCGCACCACAGGCAUACCAAUGUGAAAAACUCAAUCAACAGGUAUGGGAAUCCAAAUGCAACUCAAGGUUUUAUUAGGAAGGAAAUCACAUGGCCGCCCGGACUUUUAGAAAGAAAAAAGUCGUGUCUUUUUCGGCAUUAUUUUUUCUGUUUACAAUAAUGUGGAUAACAGAGAAAGAGCUAGAGCGAGUUAUUGAAAACAAAGGAGACAAAUUUCGUAGGAAGAAAAACAUGGAAAUUCAAAGCGGCAGUGAGAAAAUGAGAAAUGCUAGCGGCCAGCAAGGUGAAAAUGAGCGGCAGUGAAAAAUAAAAGCGAACAUGAACACACGAAACAAAAUAUUGGGUAAGCACAUACAACAAUUCAUCCAUAAAAGUAAUGUGUAACUAGGAAGUGUGACGUUUUAGUCGUACAAAACAGCGUUGUAGUCGUGCAAAACAACGGCAAGGGAAAGAGAAAAAGCGUGCUGCAGGUGCAAAUUCGUUUUUUGCUAAUUAGAAGAAAAAGUAUGCUGCACGUGCAAUUUGUUUUUAGCUAAUUUGAUCUAUUAGUCUUGAAGCCAUUUUCAUUGUCGUCCCCGUUUAGCAUUACACGAUUUAAUUUUUUUUGUUCGCUUUUAGCCCUGGCUAAAUCUAUAUAUUAAGUUAUAAUUCUUCAAUCUCUUUCUUGUUCUUAAUUUGUUUUGACAGAAAAGAACAAAUUAAGAACAAAGAGGAGAUUAGAAUGAAGAAAAAGAAAUAGCUAGGUGAGAAAAGAUGGGGGUUUUAAAGGACUAGAAAGGCAAACUGAAGCAGCUUAAGAAGAAAAUAUAUAAAUAUUUAGAUCAAGAAAAUUUAACAACAUUUGAGAAACAAGUGGGUCAAGUAAAUAUGUUACCAAAAUUAAUCAAUAAAGUAACAGACUAGUUAAGAGAUGGGAAAUAAAUCCAUAGUUGAAGAAAGAUAAAAAUAACUACAUGGUACAAUAGUUUUUGUCACGGGUAGAUUCAUUUACAAACGAUGCUGGAGGAAAAGAACGAAGCAAUGUAAUUUUUUUUAAAAAGGAAGAAAACACUGAAGCCAAUAUAAGGACAAUUAAAACAAACAGUUUCAGAAGGAAUAUGAAGGAUUAAAUUUCUGAUAAAGGCAAAAAGUCUGGCGCAGACUACCUCGCCAAUUUUUGAUGACAAAAAGAUGUCAGUACUCUUUUUUAUUCAUUCAAUUAGAUCUCACAUUUUGAUUUUCAUUUAAAUUUUUUUUAUCGAUUUUAGAUAAUUGUGAUUUUGUAAAAGCACCCUGAUCAAAUCGUUUUUGUUUUUAUAUCCUUUUUCCCUGUUUUUGUAAUUGAUACUUUCACUACUGCAAAAAAGCCAAAGAAAUAUAGUUACAAAAACAUUCAAACUUCCGUUGUAAACUCCUUAUAAUUAAAUUGUACUCAUAAAUGGUCGACUGACAGAGAAGUUCCAAAUACUUGAAUGGUAACACUAUAGGCCUUCGCCCACAGAUUGUGUUAGCGAAUAAGAUUAUCUCGCCAUAAUGUGGUCACGAGUGACGUGCAACCUCGUCCUCAGGACGAGGUUGAGUGAGGUGGUCACUGAUUUUCGUAAAUAGUUAUUUUAUUUUUAACACUCCACUGUAUCAUCCCUGGAUCAGCAACGGAGCUGCUUUCUAAGGCAGACAUGUAUUAACACUCCCCUGCAUUAUCUUUGUUCGCUGAAAAUACAUAUAUUAUUUCUCUACUUUUCCCUUUCUUUAGCUUUUCCUGGCUCUUCCAAAUAUCAUCGUUACAGCUCGUCACCAGGUUCUUAAAAGAUCUCAAGGCGCUUUGGCCUUGUGGGUGGAAAACUUGCGCAAGGACAGCUUUAAACUUUGUGCUAGAGAAACUAAGAUUUUUGAUGGAAUUCAUAAAAACAUUAAAGUGGUGAGUAAUAUUCCAGUUACUUGAUUUCUUCCACUGCUUCUUGUUUUGUUAUUGGUGGUGUCUUUAAACGUGAUAGAACAAAUUUUAUAUUCUGUGACGUUGGCAAUUUUUGGAAACAACAAGUUACAGUCAGAUUGUUUAUUUUAUAUAUCUUAAAAAGGGUUGCACCAGUUGCAUCUAAAUUGAUAUUUAACCAUAAUAAUUAUGAAAUUUGGGGUUUUAUCUGUCACAAGUCGAGAUUACAUUCCAGAUACCUAUUUCCUUGAACUGUUACUCCUUUUGUUAUGAAUGCUAAUGUCUUAAUUUCUAACCGAGUAUUCAUUCUAUUUUAGUAUCAUUCAAGCGCACAUUUAACUUUCAUAUUUGACACUAAAACCUGUCGAGACGCACGUGGCAUUCGCUGCAUCAUUGUAUAACUUUACGUUUUUACCUCUUUCCUGCAGGAUUGGAUGGCUUUUAUCAAAUUGAAGACUGACAAUUUCACCUUGACUAACAGUCUCGUGUUUACAAACAACAACUCACCAUCAAACAAAAAAGACAACAACGUUGUCUGUCAGGUAUAUGGUCAUGUUUAAUGAUGUUCAACAUUGACCACUCUUGCUUUCCUCUUUCCCCCGCUUGUUUUUUUGUCAUUCAAAUUAUGGAUUAACUAAUAUCAGGGGCGCCUACCUACGUUUUUCUCCUAAAUACAUUGAAAACUCUUUUUAGCCUAUCCAAAGUAUUUAGAUCUCUAGAAAUGCAUUCUAGGUGGCCCUAUAAAAUUUGCAUCUGUUCGUUUAUCCUAGGGGAACUUGAGUCUUUUCGAAAUUACAAGGGCUUCAGUGUUAUUAUCCCGAAAAUUUUAGAUGCAAUUUAAGGUAUUGUGAAAGUGAAAAUUUUUCUGAUUCCUCUCUCCAUCAGAUGUUUGAAUCCGAAAAUUUUAGGCGUCCUUUUCGUAGGGCAUUUAUUAGAUAAGCUUCGCAAAUUUUACAUGAAUAGAACGGUCAUUAAGAAAUUUUUAGCCGUCCUAAAGUAAUAAAAAAGUCUAGGCCAAAUCUGCGUCUCCGAACAGAUAUUUCACAGAAAGCAGUCGUUGGGUGCCCCUGUAAUAUCUUUGCAUGAAUAAUUGUAUCCUUUGAAAAGAAAGUUUCAUUUUCCACUUGAAUUUAGUUGGUCGGAGGACUGAAUCAGAAAAAGGAUGGUAACAUUUUAUAGUCUUUCUUGGAAAGAAGCUAUCUAUUUCAAAUGAGAUUUAAUGUAUCAUUUUUUUUUGUCCUGGUUUCAGAAAGUCAAGUUCCAGGAUGUCUUUUAUGCUCCUCCUGUUGUAGUGGUGUCUCCAAGACUUGGUUACAAUAACAAAAAGUCACGUUUCUCAGGAUUCGAACCAUGUAACUUAGUUACUGCCUGGGUUGAGGUUAGAAACAUAAGGUCUCCCUACUGUUCCUGUGGUUCUAAUGAGGAGAAUUUGUUUAAAAGUCAAUAAAUUAUUCCUUUGAUCGUUGGCCUUUUACUUACGUUGAAAGCCUAGAUUUUUCCAACAACGUAUAGCCUAAAGCAAGAGAGAAUGAUCUCUUGCCUAAAGGAGUUAAUGUUAUUAAUUUAACUGGUUUCUAAUUUUCAUAUAAAUAUGGCAAAUAGCGUUUUUAUCAUAAAUUUUCCGCAGACUUGUCAGAUGAAAACUGACUUUUUCAUAGUUUUGAACUCGUUUGGUUCUUUAAAAUGGAGGACUUAAAACUGAAUUUUAGUCUCAUAGGUUCUUGAUACAACAAUUUUUAUAUGCGAAUUGUUACUCUACUUGCACUAACCGUAUUUUUAACAUCAAUAAAUCGACAAGUCAGUUGAAUUUGAAAAAUUUUAGGUUUUAUUAAAAUACAAUGAGAACCUUAACUCUAGUGCAACAAAAUGUUAUAAUAAGUGGAAUGUGAACUUAAAGUUUUAUUUUGCUGUUUUGGAAUAUGCUUAGCAUGCAUCUACAAACGAAACAGAAAUGUGUGUGAGAAGCUACAACAAUGACGCCAACGAUAAGGAUAUCAUAAAGGUCGAUUAUAUGGUAAUUGGAGGUACGUAGUAAAUUAUGUAAUGUAAAAUGAAGGAACACCAAGGACUUUUAUGUCUUUUAUCUGUAGACAAUCACAGUGCUCUCCUAACGAUAACCUAAUAGUGAUUUUAAAAAAUGCAUAUGUUUAAUUUCGAUCAAAUUUUAUCCCAAAUUUAAACUCUUUUCCUUUGUUUCAAAUCAUUCAGAUUAUACAUUACCAGGCUCCAAAACAAAAGAAAGUGAGAUUAAAAGCUAGGUUAAAAUUCAGCAAUAUGCGACAUAUAUGGAACUGAGCGCUCAUGUGCUUUAGGCUGUGGUCACAUUAUACCGCGGGGUAACUUUUCAUGGCGCCACGACUGAGAAGCUAUCCAGUAUAGUAUGAACACCUACAUGUAUCCAACAUGUGACUCAGGUCCACUUUAGAGAUUGGCGAGGCCCAGCCUCUCUCCGUCCUGGACGGAAAUCACGCCGCCACAACCGUUCUUGUGUUCUUGUGUGUGAACAGAAGCGCUAUCCGAUAUGAUUUUCGUGGCGGCGCAAAAGCUCUCCUAUAUACUGUGAAUAUAGCCUUAACUUUCAUCCAGUUCCAUGAUAACACAAAAUUCAAUGGUGUUUUAUAUAUUGACGAAAUCGAAAUGAAUGAAUCUGAAAUGAUGCCCUCUGAUUCCCUCACUUGUAUGUUUGUUUUUUAGACUUGGAUCCUUGUAUAGAUGUAACAUGUCAUUAUUACAGUCUGUGUAAGGCUUUUGGACCUAAUGAUGCACGCUGUGUGUGUUUGGACAGCUGUCCAACUUACAAAGAACCCGUAUGUUCAUCCAAUGGCACAACAUACGACAACAAAUGUCUGUUUGAACAGGAAGUUUGUCUCAAUCGACUAAACUUUACCGUACAACAUCCUGGCAGUUGUGAAGGUCAGCAGUUUUGUUGCCUUUUUUAGUGGUCAACGUGCACCUUUUCACUGAAUUCUGUUAAUCUUGUUGUACUGAUAGUAAUUUUUUUACUUUACUUCCGUUUACUUUCCGAAUAUUUUGGGCGUAAAACUGUUGCGUCAACACGGGAUUUAAGUUUGUUACUAUAAGCCUACAACUAAUCUUUGCAACUCCUUUUUAGGAUUUCCUCUUCAGCGUGGUCGCCUUCACAUGGCCCAUAUUCCAUCUCUGGGUUAUUCUCAUUGUCAAGUAAUUCAUUUCAAGCCUUUUGUAUUUUAUCCUGACAAAUCCAUUGAAGUGCAGAUAACUGUCAAUCAUAUGGAUACCACUGACAAAUCCUAUGUCCAUGACGUGGCAGUAUCGUGGAUUGAAGAUGUGAACAACGACGGAUUCACUGGCUGUGUGAUGGCAGCUGGAUAUAACGAAAGGAAGUCUUAUGCUAACGUGACAGUUGAUUGGAUGGCGUAUCAAGGUGCUCCAGUGGGUGGCGUGACUGGUGAACUGCGCAUGUUACAGUGGUGGACAGGGACGACUUGCGCAACUGUGAAAUUUCCCACCGUGAGUGGCUCUGUUUGUUUGUUUAUCUUAAUUCCCUCUUUUCUUAAGCGUCUCUGAUCAUAAACAUCAUUCAUUUUGACUUUUAAAUAUGAAACUUUGAGGGUGCUCUGUUGUUGUGAAAAAGUGCUAUGUACUUUCGAAGAAGUGAAAUAUAACGUUCAAACUGCCGCUUUCAAUCACUUUCCUGAAUCUAUGAAAAUCGCCAUUCUUUCUUCGAAUUGAUUGUAAAGUAAAUAAAUAAAUAUUACAUAAAUAAAUAAAUAAGAACAGAUGAUAAUAACUGCAAAUUCGGAAUAUGCCAUGCAUGUUUAUCAGAAUGACGAUUUUCCUGUUCUAUUUCGCAGGGGAAAUUUUCAGUCAAACCUUCAGUCUUUGUGACUUCUAAGCAUUACAAUCCAGGACUAAAACGUGACGCUGCUAGUGUAUGGAUUGAAGAUGUAACAAAAUCAUCAUGCAAAGUUUGUAUGAGAGAACUGCAGAAUUAUGCUGGAUUUCACCGAGAUAUUUUUGUUGUAAGUAUUGUGUAUCCUUAUUUUAAAUGUCAAACAUGGAUCAUGUGUCGGGCUGCCCCGCUUUGACCUUCCGCCAAAGCUUUGACUCUGGCUCGGGUUUAGGCUAAGGGUAAUUCUACAGAUUCCUUGAAAAGAAAAGUCCAUCGGUAUUAUCGGUCGAGCAACUCUGUAAAUUCAUUGCGUGCGACAAGAGAAGCCUGCAAUCCUAAUCUCCAGGUUGUUAUUACGCAUGCGUAGCAUGUAUGUAGCCAGCAUUCGUUUGGACUUCCACUGAGGAUGUAUGGAAUCUACAGAACGCACUUGAUCACGCGUGUUUUGACCAUCUGUCACGUAAAACUUACGCAAAGCACAGCGCUGGAGCAAAUGCGUUUUGACCAGGGCGGAUAAAGGUUUUGACCUUCUAUCGUUGUUACCCGCACUCCGUAACCUUUGGUUAUUACUAGUUUUAGAAUUAGUUUUUAAAAAGCGCAAGGUACUUUUCAAAGUUCUUCACCCUCACACCUCAUGCCAUUGUUUUUUUUUUUUUGUUACUUAUGUAUGCAUUGCCGGUCUAUUGACCAGAAAUAACGCGUUGUUGAUUUUAUUUUCAGAAUUGGCUGGCCUUUUCGGAUCUUUCCAACCCUCCAUUUUCAGAACAUAAUUCGAUCUACUUUGCAAAUGAUAAACCUCCCGACGGCAGACAUUAUAAUGCAUUUUGCAAGGUCAGUAUCAGCGUUUGAGUUUGAUUCCAAAUCUCAGUGAAAAUGCAAAAGUUAAGAAUUAGUUAAUUCACGAUUACCUCAAAAUCGUCAGGAAAACAAAAAGACCUCCUUUUUCCAAGGUGGAGCAAAGCCUAAUCAAAGCCGACAUUCUCAAAUUUCAGUUUAUUUCCUUCUUACCCGUCUAUAGUCAAGGACACUUUAAUGUAGUAUCUAUGAACAGAAAAGUAAGAUUUAACCAUCCAGACCUUACCAGAGGAUUCUAUCAAUGCAAAAAAAAACUGUUGGAUUUGGAAGUAUUCUAUUUUUUAAUUAAUGAAUUAUCUGUCUCUAUAACUUGACUGUAUAACCUAUAGAGUGAAACAAAAAAGGAGGUGUGUGAAGUAGACGAUAUCUUGGUAACAAUUCCCUUUGAAGUUGAAAUAUUUUGUUUAUAUUUUAUAGGAGGCAUUCUUUGCCAAAAGUUAUAACACAACGCCACACGUCUUCGUUGCUGCUUCUCACUCGAUAAAGGGAGGGAAUCAAAGUCCAGUUCAUAACAGCAUAGCUGCCUGGGUGGAGGUUGGUAACUAGUGAUGUCAGGAUAUCAAAUUUCACAUUAAAUUAGGAGUAGUAUAGUAGAGAAUUAAUUAACCUUUUUUGCGGCCGAAUCUCGUUAUUCUGUCGAGGAAUACAUAAACACCGAUUACGUUAUGGCCUUUUGUCUUUAUUCUAUUAUUAUUAUUAUCAUUAUUAUUGUUAUUAUUAUUAUUAUUAUUAUUGCUAUUAUUAUACAAUUCAUAAUCAUAAUCAUAACAUAUAGGGUUGACCUCUGGGUUUCCUUUUUCUCAAUAACUGCACUUGUUUGUAACAAUGCUUGCUAUUUUGAAAUAAAGUAUUGUAUAUGGAUAAGGGUAAACCUGUCAGCGAAAGCUGUCAUAAAUGGUGAGAAUAAUACCAAUUUCAGCAAUGAGGAAUACAGGCAACUACAACAAAUAAAGAUAAAAACAAGGAGUUACACAGGUGUAUACUGGUGCUUGAGCACCAGUGAAAAAAGUGCCUUUCUUAACAGAUUCUGUGCGUACUGUAGGAAUUUUAAGUAUCUAAAUGUAGGCGGAAUCUCAUUAAGAUAGGUCGUGUGCCAUUUUAAGGUGAUUUAACAGGUUUUAAACUGGGGCUUUCUAUAUCUUCUUAGGGAAACAAAUGCGUAGUUUUUGAUUGGUGACUAAAAAAAGUAAAGUACUCAUUUGUUGAUUCAUGCUGUCAAAGUAAUAAGCGCUAGCUCCCCUUCGACAUGAAAUCACUGAGUAAGUAUCCAGUUCUAUUUCCUGCUGCUUUCAUUGCCCAGCAAUUUAUCCAGUUCAGGUUCUCUGAUUCUUGGCGAGCAAAUCGUGCAUAUUGAAGAGUUCGAAGACCAACUAGCCCUUUCUAAUAACAAACCGAGUUUUUAACUUACGCGAGUCCCCCUUCUUCUUCUCCACAAUUCAGUUUUUUCGCUCAGUCACCUUCCUUUUUUCUUUUUCCUUUCACGACGAAAACCACCACCACAGCCUCCACAACCACAUUUUCAUUGUUUUCCCGAGUCGUCCUCCACCAUUACCACAUUACUAUUGUUUUCCCUCCCUCACCUCCCCAUUUCUAUUGUUUUCCCUACUCCACCACCACCACAACCACAUUUCCAAUGCACAGUGUAGUACUAAUGUUUAGUGCUUUCACAUACAGCAUAUUAGCAGGAAAGGCUUUCGGGUUUGUGUCAAAGAACUGUAUGAGGCAAAAUACGACCCACUCUUCAUAUCCUACAUAAUUUUGUCAGGUAAGAACUUUACUGCAAAAAGGAGAACAUUUUUUACUGUAAAUCUUUCAAUAUUGCCUCUUAUUUCUGACUCAACGCUAUGAUUUAUACGCACAGAUAUCUGUCCAGAUGGAUGGGAUUACUUCAAUGGAUACUGCUAUUUAACGAGCUCUGUUUGCGCACCUUGGGUGACUGCAGUGUCCAACUGUUCAGCUAUGAACUCACAUCUGGUAACAGUGCACAACCAAGAGGAAAAUGUCUACAUACAGCACCGUCACAAUGGUGAGCGAUCAUGGAUUGGCCUUAGUGACCGAAGCGUCGAGGGAUCGUUUGUGUGGACAAACAAGGAAAUAUCCAGUUUUCAGUUCUGGGCUCCGCAACAACCAAACAACUUGAAAAACGAAGACUGUGUCCACGCCCUUGGUGCGAAAGAUGGCUACACUUGGAACGACGUGUCAUGUGAUAAAUGCUAUAACUAUACUUGUGUUAAAGGCAAGUUUUGAGUUGCCAUAGAAAUAAUACAAAUCCAAACCUUUGUCACCAAUAACGAGAGGUUUGAAGAUCACUUCUGCAAUAGUGAGUUUUUAUGAUAAUUUUGUCAUAUAAUUUUUCGCCGUGUUGUUGAUCAGAAUUUUAUAAAGUCUGCAUUUUUAUGUAGCCGUCUUCCAAGCAGUAGUCUUAAUAUUUAGGUAAAGGUAACCCCUGUACUUAUCACUCUCAGUUAUUCCUAAAACAUUUCCUCAUGUGUAUGCUUUUACUGCUAUCAAGUAAGAUCACGGUGAGAAAAUAGUCUUCAUUGACUUUUGUUGUCUACCGCAGAAAUUGACGAAUGCAUCAGCAAUUAUCACAGGUGUGAUCCAAACGCUGCUUGUCAGAAUACCGUGGGCUCAUACAUUUGCACUUGCAAAGCUGGAUUCUAUGAAAACGGAAAAAAGUGCUUUGGUAACUAUUACAUCCCUUAUUAUGUUUUCCUGACGUAGCAUCCUUCUGGGCUGGUUUUAUAUUUAGUGUACUAUAUUUUGUUGUACAACUUGUCCUUGGUUUAACUUUAUUUUCUUUUGUUUCAUACACAUUUUCAUAGUUUGCUAUACCAUAAAACAAACCCAAGGCGAAAAUUAAGGCACAACACAUAUAGUUAGUUAUCUUAGUUAGGAUUCACUGACGACAUAUGUUGUCCUUAUUCCCUGCAUCAUUAGAUAGAGAUGAAUGCAGAAACAAAACCCAUACCUGUGAUGUGAAUGCCGUUUGUAGCAACACUCAAGGGUCGUACAACUGCACCUGCAAACCUGGAUACUCAGGAGAUGGAAAGAAAUGCAUUGGUAUAGAGUAUUUCUUAAGAGCUCAUUCGGGCUCGAGGAAUAAUUGUUAAAUAGAUGGUGUUCCAUAAUUUAACGAAUUACAGACAUAACAGUCCAGCCAAGUCAAGCUCGCCACACAAGAUUUAAUUAUGAGUUGGUUAGAGUCAUAACAGGAAAAUGAAUCCGUUGUAGUUGAAGAUUUCAGUCUCAUCUUUGCAGUUCCUGUAUACGCGUAUUAAGGAGUAUUGCGAGCGUUUUGAAAUCUCAUGAAAUUUUGUUGAAUUUGACGUGUACUUUAUGGAAAUUUUAUCCGUUCUAGAUGUCUAAAUCGCAGGAUUGCAGAUUGGAAUUUGAUACUAGUUGCCGCAACGACAACCCGCCAGUUGGUUUUUCACUGAAGUACGUUUGACAUGGCGUGAUUGUUAUUGUUACAUUCAUAUAUUACAAUUUUCUUCUUGCUAAUUGCAAACAUGCUAACUGGAUGUUAUAACUAGAUCUAAGUUCCAUGAUAGGGAUAUGUAAAAUUUAUGCGUAACACUUUAAAAUUAUUAUAAUUGUAAUUUAAUACCUAAUAACAAAUCAAACUUUUUAUAGGUCAGUAAAAUUAUAUGAAUCAGUGCUUUUUUUCAAGAGCCAUAAUGGGACUCUUAUUUUAUUCUAAUGCUUGCUAUGUCUAAUAUCGCCAACAAUUCAACAUAUAUAGCAUAAUAUUUUUUGAUGGUUCUGUAUUGUCGGAAGACCAGUAUAGACUGAGUAGAGACUUUCUAUUCACUUGAUUGUCAAUAUAUUUUUUGCAUUUUUAGGUGAGGUCGUGUGUUAUGAAGCUCUUGAUCCUCGGUUGCUUAGCCAGUCUCUUUUUUUUUUCGAGUCUACCCGAUUCUUUCUACUUCUCUUAAAAAAAACUAAAAUAUAGAAUUAUAGGCGCUCAUUUUAGCUCGAGUCAACAAAAACUGUUUUGGCCUGAGUAUCAUGCCUUUCUUAGGGGUUAGGAUAGAGGAUGAGGAUGAAUUACGGAGGGAGUAAGAGUCGACCCCUCCUCUCCUCCCUCCCCCAGGAAAGGUUAGAACUGUUCUCAAUACAUAUAUCCAGAUAACUUUGCUUUCCAUCGGCACUUUCUCUAAGUGUAGUCGUAAUUAAGAAAAGACAAAACGAAAAUAAUUAAUUACCAUGACUAAAAAGUACCAUAUUAAUUUUUCCGGUUUUACGCGCAAGAAAAGAGUCAAAAGAGAGUGCCGACUACAUUCAGCAGGCCCAAAAUAUUGUUGGGCAUGUUUUCAAAUCAUUACCUUUUACUGUUCUCUUCGGAUAUCACAUAAGGUAAAAAUUGUUUCCAACCUACAGGCUAUUCAUUUAAUAAGUAUUUAAGAGGGAACUCUACGCCAUUUAGAAAAUUCUUCGUUAAUAAAGUACAAGAUUAAAAUCAUGCAAUUGAAUACGUAGAAAAAAAAAGGAAAAUUAAUUAAUUGAUAUUGUCUAUAUUUCAUACUCUGCUUAGUACGGAAAACUCAGGUCCAACUUAUUUGGUAGGUGUUUAGCGCCAUUAUUCCUAGCCUGAAUUUGUUACACAGGUUGUUAUACAGUGUCAUGCUUGCACUGCAGUAUAUAAAACGCAGAUAUUAUUGUUGACUUUAGAAGUUGUAAAGUAGCCAUAUCCUGCUAAAUGUACAAUUUUAAAACACGCAGUGCUAAUGUCAUGUCUUCCAGCGAAGAACUGUGCUGAACUGUACAAAGCUGGAAAACGAACAAGUAGAGUUUACAAGAUGGACCCAGACGGUGCUGGUGCCUUUGACGCGUACUGUGACCAAACAACAGCUGGUGGCGGGUGGACAGUGUUCCAGAAGAGACUGGAUGGGUCGGUUAAUUUCUACCGCGGCUGGAACGACUACAAAACUGGGUUCGGAAAUCUGAGUGGCGAGUUUUGGCUCGGACUGGACAGAAUUCACCGCCUGACAAAAACUAAAAGCAAACUUCGAGUGGAUCUCGAGGACUUCAACAGAAACACAGUUUAUGCCGAGUACAGCUACUUUGCGAUAACUGGCGAGAAAGGCAAAUACAAGCUGAGUCUUGGAAGUUAUUUCGGUAAUUAUAUUACUUACUAGAUUAAAAAUGGAUCGAAUUCGGGGAAACGUCUUAUAAAAGCCCAAGUUAAUGAUUUUGACGUUAAAGAAAUAAAGACUUAACACAGAGAUACAUCAACUAGUCCCACAUACAGUGAAGCAUGUAAUAAUCACACAGCUAUCAUAAAAUUUAUAGAGUAAAGCAAAUUUAUACAAUUUGGAGCGUUCCACAUAACUGUGAUUUUACGAUCUAAAAACGGCGGGAAACACUGAACCCUUUUCAUUGUCGAAGUAAAAUCACUCUAUACAUUUAAGAAAAUAUCGCUUCUUCCGACUUCAUUUUCCAGGAAAUGCUGGUGACUCGCUAGCUGUUCACAGAGGCUCCUCUUUCUCCACUAAAGAUCGAGACAAUGGCGGCUCGUCCAGUAACUGUGCUACAAGUUACAAGGGGGCUUGGUGGUACCAUGGCUGUCAUUAUUCCAACCUGAACGGCCUCUAUCAUCGCGGAAGACACUCUUCAUAUGCUGAUGGUGUGAACUGGUAUCAUUGGAAGGGAUAUUACUACUCCGUUAAACGAGCUGAAAUGAAACUCAAACCAGUCAACUUCUAAACAAGUAAAUAGCGGUUGUCAGUGUUUACAUCUGCUUGAUUUGCAUGGUCGUUUAAACAACUUAGCUGUAAC